AUGUCCGCCCCGGACCAAGACAACCAACAUCAGCAACACCCUCCCUCCCAGCCCGAGCCUCACCAGACAUCAACACAAACACAGGCCCAAGACCACGCCGUCCAACCCCCGCCGCCAGCGGAGCCCGGAACGCACACGGCCGCCGCAACACCGACGACAGAAGAAACAACGACAGCGGUACAGCGGCAACAACAGGAGCAGGAACAAGAGCAGCCGCCAGCCUCCCCUCCCCUCCCGCAGAAGCACGCCCUCGUGACCCCCGGUCCGCGCGCCACCCGCUUCACGCAACUCUACGAUCUCGCCCUCCAGCGGACCCUCCAAAAGGUUGCCUACGACAAUUUCGCCGCCUGCUUCCCGACUAUCGCCGCGCAUGCGCCCAAUACCCUGCGCAACGUCCAGAAGCAGAUGGUCGACUACCUUGAAGAGAGGUGCAACAAGGACUUCCAGUCGAUCCUCGACGAUCGCGACGUCAUCCGGAAAUUGAACGAAUUCGAGAACCUCGUCAGCGACGCAGAACGUAGGAGACAAGAAAGCGGCCUCUCGGCAGAAGAACCAAUUCCACCACAUCUCCUACCCCCAGACGACGUCCUCGCCGCCCACCUCGCCCCGCGCCUUGCAUCUCAGCAGUCCCACCUCAACGCUCGCCUCCAAAACACUCAGGCUUCCAACGAGUCCCUCUUCGCCGCCAUCCAAGCUCAGCGCGCCGAGAUCGACGCCCUCCUUGCCCAGCUCGAGAACCACGUCGCCGACAUUGACGGCGCCAAUGCCAUGCUGGUGGACGUUGCGCCCGAGCUGGCCGCUGAGGCGCGCGCCUCCGAGGCCCAGAUGUCGCGUAUGUCGUGA